AUGGUUUUAAAGAAAAAUUUAGAAAAAAUCCUAAAUGACUUGGAAAAGAGAAUUAAAGAAUUAGAGCAAAGUAAUGAAGGGUUACGUUCACAAUUCAAAUAUUUAGAAGAAAAGGUUAGGGAGCGAGAAGAAGAAACCAAGGCCAUUAUUAAUAACUUAGAAGAAAUGAUUAGGGAACGAGAAGAAAUAUCCAAAGAAAAGCAAGGAAUUAUUAAUAAAUUAGAAGAGAGAAUCA